AUGCGUGUUUCUCCGUGCGAUAAGCUCCGUAAGCAUCACGCGAGGCUCCGGCAGGCACGCAGAGGCCUCGGCUGCUCCAGUGCAGCUAAUGUACACGGGUACGAUGCAACCUUGGCACCGAUGGGAACGAGCCGUGAAGAGCAGGUCCUGCUAUCGCGUAUCGUGUGUACACGUGUACGCGCGCGCAUCGCAUACAACAUCGCGUCUUCUAUUGAAUCAGACGCUUCAUUCGGACGGGAGGAGGAUUCCCUUAUUUGGAAGAUGCCCGAUAAUCUUUUUUCCACGAUCCGAAACGUAAAUACGAACGUAUGUACGGAAUUCGAAUAA